AAAAGCAGCGCACGGGCUCAUCCUGGUGGGGCUAUUUCAUCAGCAAGUCAUCGGUCGCACUCAUUUCGUCUUUCUACACCCAUAAACGAGAAGAAGGCACAAAAGGUCCUAAUCUGCUGCUGCUGCUGGAAACACUGUGUGACCACACACCUGCCACUUCCUGCUCUGUGUACUCAAGUGACUCUCAUCAAAGUGAACACACACACGUCAGAGGACCAAUAACUUAGUACUUGACUUGUUUUCCCCCCAAUCUGUCCACAACACUUCAUCAGUCCUGAGUUAACUGUGUCGCAGGUGUUUUGUUUACACUCACCCACACACGUAAAGUAUUUAAAACUCUUAUCCCGGUCCUACGCCCACACUCAGUCACAGCCAACAUGGCCAGCAAGCUGUCCAGCUUCGGCAAAACCCUGCUGCGCCGCCGGGCGUUAGACUGCUCCAACGAGGAGACCCAGUUCGCCCGCUGCUUGUCCACCCUGGACCUCAUCGCCCUGGGCGUGGGCUCCACGCUGGGCGCCGGCGUCUACGUCCUCGCCGGCGAGGUGGCCCGGGAAAAGGCGGGACCGGCCAUCGUCCUCUGCUUCCUCAUCGCCGCUCUGUCCUCCAUGCUGGCCGGUUUGUGCUACGCCGAGUUCGGCGCCCGCGUCCCCAAGACGGGGUCCGCGUACCUCUACAGCUACGUGACGGUUGGAGAAAUCUGGGCCUUCAUCACGGGAUGGAACCUCAUCCUCUCAUACGUCAUAGGUACGGCCAGUGUGGCCAGAGCUUGGAGCUCCACCUUUGACAACCUGGUUGAACAGAAGAUCUCUGGCUUUUUUAAAGCCUCCAUGGCCAUGAAAGUACCAGGUGGGGUGCUGGCGGAGUACCCCGACCUGUUCGCUUUGACACUGGUCCUACUGCUAACUGGGCUUCUGGCCUUUGGCGUGAGCGAGUCUGCGCUGGUGAACAAAAUCUUCACGGGCAUCAACCUGGUGGUUCUGGGGUUCGUCAUCAUAUCCGGCUUCGUUAAGGGGGACACAGCCAACUGGAACCUGACAGAAGAAGACUACCUCAGCUUCAGAAACACCACCUCUAAUUUCACAAAGUUGGAGGAGGAGUUUGGUGAUGGUGGUUUCGCUCCGUUUGGCUUCAAGGGGAUCUUGAGUGGUGCGGCCACCUGCUUCUACGCCUUCGUGGGCUUUGAUUGCAUCGCCACAACAAGCGAAGAGGCAAAGAACCCCAUGCGGUCCAUACCCAUCGGCAUCGUGGCCUCGCUGCUCAUCUGUUUCUUCGCCUACUUUGGCGUUUCUGCCGCUCUGACCAUGAUGAUGCCGUACUACCAGCUGAACACCGACAGCCCUCUGCCCGAAGCGUUCAGCCACGUGGGCUGGGCCCCCGCCAGGUACAUCGUGGCCGUGGGUUCCCUCUGUGCUCUGUCCACCAGCCUCCUGGGCUCCAUGUUUCCCAUGCCUCGAGUGAUUUACGCCAUGGCCGAGGACGGGCUGCUGUUCCGCUUUCUGUCCAAGAUGAACACCCGCACAAAGACCCCCAUCCUGGCCACCAUCGCCUCUGGUAUUGUUGCAGCUCUGAUGGCUUUCCUUUUCAAGCUGGCAGCCCUGGUUGACCUCAUGUCUAUAGGAACUCUGCUGGCCUACUCUUUGGUAGCCAUCUGUGUCCUAAUUCUGCGGUAUCAGCCAGGAAAUCUGAACUCCUCCAGCCAGAUGGAGAAACUGGUGGAGCUGGUGGAAGGGGAGAAGGUGGCUGUGAGCGGAGGGGACAGCAGUGAUGAGUACGGCCCAGAGACGGAGGACAGACCCCUUCAGGAGACGUUCACUGUCAAGCUGCUGUUCAGUCCGAGCGGAAAAACCCCAACGCAGACCUCCGGGACCAUCGUCUACGUUGCCACUGCUGUCAUCUCGGUUCUCAUCACUGCACUCUGCAUCAUCCUGGCGAACUGUCUGACAGAGCUGCUCCAAGGCCAUCCUGGUGUUAUAGUGCCCUGUGUUAUCUUAGCUCUGCUCUGUGUCGUCUGCAUUAUUAUCAUCUGGAGGCAGCCGGAGAACAAAGAGGCGCUCACUUUCAAGGUUCCUCUGCUUCCCUGGUUGCCCCUGUUCAGUGUUUUCGUCAACAUCUACCUCAUGAUGCAGCUGGACUUUGGUACAUGGGUCCGCUUCGCUGUCUGGAUGUUUAUCGGUUUCCUCAUCUACUUCCUCUAUGGUGUUAGGAACAGCAGCGAGGCUAACAGGUCGUCCCCACGCAAAUAUGAGCCGGCGCUGCAGAACAAGAAGCCCAUUUACACAGGCGCCAAUGACGAGAGCGACGUGGAGGCGGGCAGCAGCCCCUGAUGCACACUGACAGACCUGAGGGCCGUUGAGGAGCAUCUACACUCAGUUUCUGAUCAUCUGCAGUGUAGGUGGCUUUUGGAACGCUGCUCUCAGUUUGAAGGGAGGGAGAGGCAAGAAGACAAACCGCCACACACACAUCUUACCUCUAACUUGGAGGCUGAGUAACUUUACCGGACGCUGGGACAAAAUCGUUUCCUGGACCACCUGUCUGAUUUUCAAACGUGGUUUUAAUGAACCCGCAGCAGACCGUUACCAGGCUAUAACACAUUCUGAAUGGAUGUAACUCAUCGUGCUGAAAUCAUCAGUGUUUUGUUUUUUUUAUUUUCCCCUUAAAUGAAACUGGAACGCUGUUACAUUUUAUUUGUGUUUACUGCGAGCGGAGCCGCUCGAAGAACCACGGUGUAAAUCUGUCCAACCUGCAGGGUUCAUUAAAGCAGAGGGACAGAUGAAAAUCACUGGCUUCUUCUAGAUGUGAUUCAGUAAAGUGAGUGUGUUUAGUUAGUGUCAGCAGUGUCUGUCAUCGCAGGUAGCUCAGUAACUUCUGGUUGAUGUUAAGCUUCAAUAUUUAGAGACAAAAUCCAGAUGACUUGAGGUUUAAAACAUAAUUGCCCAAAGAACAGCUGUAGGUUAGACGUACGCUUUUAAAACAGUAGGGAUUUACAAUACAUGUAUAUAUUUUUCUGUAGUGUUGACACCGUUUUAUAGUGUUGGCAGACAUUCUGUGGCCUUUAAUUUAAACUUGUGUGGCUCAAAACUAAAAUAUUUCAGAAGUCAGAAAACACAGCAAGCUGUAUCCUUGCUCAUGAAUUUAAAAUCAUUUUAGUAAACGUAGGGUUAAAGCUGGUUUUAUGUAACCACAAAGGUUGUUGUUUUUAGUUCCAGUUAAAACKUCUUGGCAGCUUUGUCUGUUAAGAUUCCUUCACUUGUAUUUUAUUUUUUACAACUUUUGUCAAACAGAAAUGUUAAUAUUUAAGUCUUUUAUAGUACUGCCUCUUAGGGAUAGUUUUAUUUUCUGUGUUUUAUAUAUUCUUUUCAAUGAAUGUGUUUAGAUGUUCAUGUGUACAGUUUUGUUGGUCCUUUUUUUUGUUUGUUUGUUUGUUGGUUUUUAUUUUAGUUUUCAUCUUGUGUUGUCACAUCCUUGUCAACUAAACUGAAAUUAUUUUUGGAAACUGUAUUCCGAAAGAAAAAUCGACCAUUUUGAAGUUGGUCAGUUAAUUAUUUGAGAACAGAUGAAUUCCCCCAAAUGUUUGGAGUCCGUUAGAUAACUUAUUGAUAUUAUUUGUUAUAGUGUUUUACUGUAGAGUGUACAGUAUUUGUCGAAAACUGAAUUUUUGUAUAAUGCUGUAAAGUAUGCAUAUAUAUCUUCCCCCCUUUUUUUUAAAUGUAAUUUGUGAUGGUUUUGUAAAUUACACUUGAAGGGUUCAAUGCUGCUGAAAUCCAAAUAAGAUUUGCUCCUGUGGAAGCGAAACUCUUUAGAACAUAUCUAACAAAAUGUUCCUAAAGAAGAAAGUUGAGGAUAAAUUCACAUUUUUUUUCCCAACGAUGAGUCUAAACUUUCGUCUAAAACCAUUUGAAGUGGCAUUUAGACAAGUGUAGAUUUGUCACAGGGUGAAUGUGACCUUUCCUCUGAAUUUCUGAUCAAACGAAGAACUCCACAGAAACCUGUCAGUAAAUUGUCAUCAAAAUGCUUCGCGAUGAGUCUGUGACUCACCCUUGUGCCUUUGAGUCCAAACAUCUCCCUGUUCUGUGCUGUUUCAUUACCAGCAGCACUUCAUCUUUCACUGUUUUAUAUCCUGUACAUAUUGCUGUCAUGUAAAAAAAUGAACUUUUUAAAAUAAAAAAUGAUUAAUGCA